CUUCUUUGAGCUGCAACGCUGAAACAAUUCCCAGAAAGUUAAAACAAUACAGCGUUUCUGUGUUAGUCUGCUUAUCAGUCUUUUAUGUAUUUAUUUUAAGAACAUGGGGAAUGGAGCCAGUAUUAGAGUUCGACCAGAAUUUAAGAAUGUGGCAAAUGCUGCAUCUCUCAGCAGAGGGAGCAUUGUGUCCAACAUUGUAUCGCAAACCCCUAGAAGUAAUAAAGAUAUGAGAGAGUGUAUUGAGAACACACAAGCAGCUUACAUCACAGCACUAGAAGAACUAAAACAGCAGUUAAAAGAAACUGAAGACUGUGGAAAAAGGCUGGAACAUCAGUUAGCAGAAGCUAACGUGACCAAUAUGGAGAUUUCUGCCCAAAAGACAGGGCUGGAGGAACAAUUAGAAAUUCUGAAAAACAAAAGAUCAUCCAUGGAUGUGUUUGAAGGCAGUGUCAAUGACAUCGACAAGCACGUUCAACGGUUAGAAGCAGAAGUUAAAGAAUCCCAAGAACACAUUACUAUUCUGAAACAGAGAAAUAAAAGAAAAGUGAAAAAGCUCCAAACCGAAUUGGUCCAAGCAAAACAAGAGGCUGCGCUUGUGGCUAUAGAAAUGAAAGAGAAGAUUCAAAGUAUAGAAGAGAGACACUCCACCAGAGGCAAGGAGAGGUCAUGCCAUGUGGAGUCUGAAUUCAGUUCUGGAGAAAAAAAUCGACUUUGCCUCAUCCUUGAGCUGUCUAGCCAGGUGUCACAACAGCAGGCAUCAAUAAAUCGCCUGGAAGCAGCCUUGGAGCAGAAAGACGUGAAGCUUAAAGAACUGGAAGCAGCUCAUGCAAUAUUGGUGCAUGCUGCCGAAUGCAAUAAACUAUCAUCAUCAAAACAGCCUGGUAGUGGGCCCAGUUCUGAGCAUCGAAGAGCAAGACUUUUGCAGAACAGCUCAGUUGAUGCAAUGCUGUCAGCUGAAGACAAACCACCCAGUGGUAAAAUUAUGGAACACAACUCUGCCUUGGGACAGAAGCUAAUGCAAGGAUCAAUCUUAAAACUGAAUGAAAACUUUGGACUGGAGAAGAUGCAAUGCUCUGAGGAAAUGAAGAGCCACAGAACUGGGUCUGCUACUUCUACAGAGAGUGGAGUGUCCAUGACAGUGUGUGAGACAGAACCCCUGGAAGAUGCCAAUUAUGAACCAAUGCAAACCUUUUAGGAAUGUAGUAAAAAAAAAAAACAACAAAGCAAUGUAACAGGCUGUGCAUUUUUACAUUAUGGGUUCAUUACUCUUGGUAAUCAAACAAAACAAUUAACCUAUACGUGACCGGAAGUAAAACACAUGUUUGCAAAGGCAUACGGUAUUCAGUGUCCAAUGAUCUAAUUACAGUCUAAUUCAGAACUAUGCAUACCGGUACUAAUAUUUAAUCAUUACUGACCAAAGUGGCCAUUUGGGUUUACAAAACAGUCUAGAAGACGAUAGCACGAUGAUAUCGCAAAUCUAGAAAAGAACAUUCCAUUCUGGGUGCCAAAAGUCAUUGUAAACAUUGUGGUGAUUUUUGUUACUUUUGUUUUGGGUAAUACUGUAGUAGAAAAGUUGAUUGUUUAAAUAUGUUUCACGUUGUUAAUGCUAACAUUGGUACACUGGAUUUUUAACAGUGGCUCCCAAAAUGCUGAGACCCAUGAAAAUUAGGAUUAACAAGUGUUCAACAUUAAGUACACGGAUAUGGAUCAUUGGCAUGCAUCAUAAGUUGCAAUUUUAUAAAACUCUGGUGUUGCCAAUUCUGUCUCCAAAUGUUCUAGGACGGUGGCUGUUAGUGGUGGUUUACAACACACUCCAUUUGUGGGACAAAAUGUACUUUGUACAUGUUUAGUAAUACUUGAAAAAAAAGCUUGUUGCAUUGGACAAUAAAUCAGUGAUUUCCCUUAAUAUGUAUUAAAGGCUUUGCUGUUGCCAUUUAUCUGAAACUACAGUUUGUGAUUAGUUCUUCAAAUGUACAGUUGUUCCUUAAUUUUAAAUAAGCCAGUUGAUUUUCAGUUAAAUACAUAGACAUUAAAUACAUAGACUAAGCCCCAUGAAAACAAUCAUCUGAUGUUAACUACUGUGUUCUUGAUAUUGAAAUAAAUAAUCCAGGAUUCAAACCUUAAUCUAGUUAGAGUAAGUUGACAUUGACGCUCCUACCUCCUCAGAAUGAAUAAUCCCUUGGGGGUUGUUUAAAGGUACUUUUUGUGAGUGUUAAGUUUACACAUUGGCAAAUUAUUAUUUCCAAACAAUACAUUA